GUCACCGACGUGUUGGCGCUCGAUUGCGAGAUGGUCGGCGUCGGCGAAGGAGGCGUGGAAUCCAUGCUCGCGCAGGUCUGCGUGAUCAACGAAUACGGAAACACAGUGUAUUUGAGUUAUUCACGCGCGUACAAAACAGUCACGGACUAUCGCACGCACGUCUCCGGCAUCCUUCCUCGUCACGUCGAAGGGUCGAGCGCGCGCGAAUUCGCCGACGUCAAGCGCGACGUUGCUGAACUCAUAAAAGGUCGCAUCGUCGUCGGCCACGCCCUGGAGAACGACUUUUCGGCUUUACAGCUCCACCAUCCACGGGAAGACACGCGAGAUACCGCGAAAUGGCGGCCGCUGUUGCGUCCGCCGCACUUCCGCAAGCCUCGUCGCUUGCGGCAUCUGGCGCGUGACUUUUGCGCGCUAAGCAUUCAGUGUGGAGAUGCUCACGAUCCCGCCGAAGACGCCUUGGCCGCGCUCGCGAUUUAUAGGAAAUUUAGAAACAACUGGGAA